GGGCGCCGGGCCGUCGGUCCGUCGGUCGCGGUCGCCUCGUCGCGAUGGCCGCCAACGUGACGGGCGGACCCAAGUUUAAGAUGCCGCGCGGGGCGUCGGGGGAGGAGGUCGCGCGCAUCGUGGAGAAGGGUAAGGCUCGCGCCCUUGAGACGGGCGCAUCGGCGAGGCGCGCGUCGUCGUCGAGGCCUGUCCCCGUCGCCGAGGCCCACGUUCCCAUCCUGGCGGUCGACGGCGUCGCCGACGGCGGCGUGUACCUCUCCAAGAGCACGGAUGGUAGGGGCGGGGAGAUCGAGGAGGAGGGGCUCAAGCGCGAGGCGAGGCUCAACGCGCUGCGUCGGCUGGAUCCCGGCGUCGCGAAAAAGCUUCGCGAGCUGAAGGACGCCGAGGUCUCCGCGUCGUCGUCGUCGUCGUCGUCGAUGUCGUCGUCGUCGUCGUCGAGCGGCGAGUCAUCAUCCGGGAGCGAUUCGUCCUCGUCGGAGAGCGAGUCGAGGCGCGGUAAGCGACGAGGGCGGAGAGGGGAUCGGAAGAGGUCGAAGAAGAGGAGGCGCCGCUCGUCCUCGUCGUCGUCGAGCGGCGACGGCGAGUCGAGGGCCCGGAAGAAGCUCGAGAAGCGGAGCAGGGAGACGCUCGAGGACGAGCUGCGACGGCUACGGAAGAAAAACGCGACGAGGGAGCGUCGAUUGGAGCGCGGGUCUCGCAAGUCGUCCGGAAAGCGGUGACGGUGGGCGGCGGCGAACGGAUGAGUGAGUGUUGGCUAAAAGUUGGUUGCGACGAUGAAAGGCGGGACACCCCCGCUACUGUGCU